UGCACAAUUAGUUUGACCAUAAGAAAGAAGCCAAUACUGACCAAAGUGUAACAGACUGUCUAUUUAUAACAAAAAUACCUUCCAAACUUAUCCUCACAAUCACGAGACUGAGAGAUGGCGGAUGAAAUACCUUCCAAAGGGAUUCUCAAGAGCGAAGCUCUGAAACAGUAUAUCUUGGAAACGUCAGCGUAUCCAAGAGAGCAUGAGCUGCUCAAGGAACUUCGUAAAGCUACAGUCCAGAAAUAUGGCAAUUUAAGCGAGAUGGAAGUUCCUGUUGAUGAGGGUCUUUUUCUAUCGAUGCUUUUAAAGAUCACGAACGCUAAGAACACUCUCGAGCUCGGUGUUUUCACCGGUUACUCUCUUCUCACCACAGCUCUUGCUUUGCCUGAAGAUGGCCGCAUUACUGCAAUAGAUAUUGACAAAGAAGCCUACGAAGUGGGACUAGAGUUUAUCAAGAAAGCAGGUGUUGAUCACAAGAUCAAUUUCAUUCAUUCCGAUGGUAUUAAUGCCCUAGACCAAUUGGUGAAUGAUAAUCAAGAGUUUGAUUUCGCAUUUGCGGAUGCUGACAAGUCAAACUACCCCAACUUCCACGAGAGGCUUCUGAAAUUGGUGAAGGUUGGAGGAAUCAUUGCAUUUGACAACACCUUGUGGUUUGGUUUUGUGGCUGAGGACGAAGAGGGAGUUCCUGAGCAUAUGAGGGAAUACAGAGAGGCUCUUAUAGAGUUCAAUAAGAAACUGGCUUUGGAUACUCGUGUUGAAGUCUCUCAGAUUUCCAUUGGAGAUGGUGUCACGCUCUGCAGACGCCUUAUAUGAACAAAAUACUACUUAAAGUUAUCAAAGUUUGAGAAGUUUGGAAUAAAACUGUUAUAGAUACUUCAAUAAUCACUUUUCGUCAUUUUAUCACUGAUUUGUAUUUAAUCGUGUGUUUGAUUGAUCAUCGCUCUACAUCUUGUUCGCAUACUCAUUUGUUGCACAAUACUAGUAACUGAAUUUGUAUCAAUUUCUAUCGAUAUAAUAGUUUCUGAACCACUUUAUAUUGUUUUCUUUCCUUUGAAU